AUGCCCGACCCCGCCAUCGCCCCCUUCCCAGUCAUGGCCGCCCACGCCGUGGUCCUGAGGAAGUCAAAGAAGGUCGCUGCUGCGGAGAGCGUUGCCCUCGCCGCCAAGGCCACGCAACAGGUCCUUCUGUCAGGGUACCAAGAGCCGACGCUUCUCGUCACCACCGCCACCGCCAACAUGGGCUCAUCGGUGGCAAGCCCGCCCAUGCUUCCGAAAUCGUCGCGCCUGUCAAUAAUGCCGCCGGCAUACGGGUGCCUUCCUAGGCACGACCCAGAGGUGUCCUACUUCUCCAUGUCGCCUCGGGACCUCUCACCAAAAAUGCACGACUUCGUGCCGGCUGUCCCAGUGGUGCCUGCCCUUGAUCUCAACGCCACACCGAUGGCCAGCCAAUCCACCAGACGCGAAGGGAGCGCCCAUGGGCGAUCCCCAUUGACAACUUUCCUGACGCCUCCUUCCUAUUCGAUGGUGCCGACACUGGCGCCGGAUAACACGACGUACUACAACAAUUUCAUCGAAGAGAUGAUCUAUGAGGGUGGCCAAGACGACCGCUGCCAAGACACCCAGGGCCACCACGGCCAAGAAACUCGAGACCAAGGCAACCAAGGUAGGAGUCAACAUCGAGGAUGA